UUUUCUUUCCCCGCAUUGAGCUUUGGCCUGCGGGGGAGAGGGAGGACUCAGAAGCGGAGAACACGAAGGAACGAUGUACCAGAGUCUGGCCAUGGCCACCAACCACGGGCCCCCUCCUGGGGCCUACGAGACAGGUGGGCCGGGCGCCUUCAUGCACAGCGCUGGCGCUGCGUCCUCGCCGGUCUACGUGCCCACGCCGCGGGUGCCCUCCUCUGUGCUGGGCCUGUCUUACCUCCAAGGCGGAGGCAGUGGCUCUACGUCCGGAGCCGGCUCGGGAGGCAGUUCCGGGACUGCCCCGUCAAGCGCCGGGCCGGGAACCCAGCAGGGCAGCCCCGGCUGGAGCCAGGCAGGAGCCGAGGGAGCUGCCUACACCCCACCGCCGGUGUCGCCGCGCUUUUCUUUCCCGGGGACCACUGGGUCCCUGGCGGCUGCCGCUGCUGCCGCCGCGGCCCGGGAAGCAGCGGCCUACAGCAGUGGCGGCGGGGCCGCAGGUGCGGGCUUGGCGGGCCGCGAGCAGUAUGGGCGCGCCAGCUUCGCCGGCUCCUACUCUAGCCCCUACCCAGCUUACAUGGCUGACGUGGGUGCGUCCUGGGCCGCGGCUGCUGCCGCUUCCGCCGGCCCCUUCGACAGCCCGGUUCUGCACAGUCUGUCCGGCCGGUCCAACCCCGCUGCCCGCCACCCCAGCCUCGUAGAUAUGUUUGAUGACUUCUCAGAAGGCAGAGAAUGUGUCAACUGUGGGGCCAUGUCCACCCCACUCUGGAGGCGGGAUGGGACAGGACACUACCUGUGCAACGCCUGUGGCCUCUAUCACAAGAUGAAUGGCAUCAACCGGCCCCUCAUCAAGCCCCAGCGCCGGCUGUCGGCCUCCCGCCGAGUGGGCCUUUCCUGUGCCAACUGCCAGACCACCACCACGACUCUGUGGCGCCGCAACGCUGAGGGCGAACCCGUGUGCAACGCCUGUGGCCUCUACAUGAAGCUCCAUGGGGUCCCCAGGCCUCUUGCGAUGCGGAAAGAGGGAAUUCAAACCAGAAAACGGAAGCCUAAGAACCUUAAUAAAUCUAAGACAUCAGCAGGUCCUUCAGGUAGUGAGAGCCUUCCUCCCACCAGCAACGCUUCCAGCAACUCCAACAAUGCAACCACCAGCAGCAGUGAAGAGAUGCGCCCUAUCAAGACAGAGCCUGGGCUGUCAUCUCACUACGGGCACACCAGCCCCAUGUCCCAGACAUUCUCAGUCAGUGCGAUGUCUGGCCAUGGGCCCUCCAUCCACCCGGUCCUCUCGGCUCUGAAGCUCUCCCCACAAGGCUACGCUGCUUCUGUUAGCCAGUCGCCGCAGGCCAGCUCCAAGCAGGACUCUUGGAACAGCCUGGUCUUGACUGAUAGUCACGGGGACAUAAUCACUGCCUAAUUACACCUCCUUCCCUCCUCAAAUUCCUGCACAGACUUGGGACUUGGAGGACAGCAGAGAUCAAGGCUCUGGGCUCUCCGUGGCCAGCCUCCUCUGUCUGGGAAUGACUCCAAAAGAACAAUUGGGAAGAAACUUGAAGUCUAUGAUUUGGUUAGGCGCAGGGGAUGUUGAAUUUUAUCAGAUACCUUCUCAAGGCAGGGGAACUGGAAAGAGCCCGGACUCUGAUACAGAAGAGCCACACCCUUCACCAAGAGCACACUAAGUCUCUUCCAUGUAGUUAGAGACUUUGCUUUCUCA